GAGGGUCGUUUUGAGCUGAAUAAAGAAGAGGACAAAGGCAGAAGCGUGUGUGCAGUUUGUGCCUGCAUCACCCGACCAUCCGCAGAGACCGAGCAUCAUCCGCAUCACCCGAGCCCAGAGCCCAGAGCCCAGAGCCCAGAGCCACAUCACCGGGGAACAUGGCGUUCACUUUCGCGGCCUUCUGUUAUAUGCUGGCUCUUUUGCUCACCGCGGCGCUUAUAUUCUUCGCUAUUUGGCAUAUUAUUGCAUUUGAUGAGCUGAAGACUGAUUACAAGAAUCCUAUAGAUCAGUGUAACACGUUAAAUCCGUUGGUGCUUCCUGAGUACCUGAUCCACUUCUUCUUCUGUGUCAUGUUUUUCUGUGCGGCCGAGUGGCUCACCCUCUGCCUCAACCUUCCCCUGCUGGCCUACCACGUAUGGAGGUAUACGAGCCGCCCGGUGAUGAGCUGUCCAGGCUUGUACGACCCCACCACUAUCAUGAACGCUGAUAUUUUGGCCUAUUGUCAGAAAGAGGGCUGGUGCAAACUCGCCUUCUACCUGCUCUCAUUCUUCUAUUAUCUCUAUGGAAUGAUCUACGUGCUGGUGAGCUCCUAAAAUGGUCGACGUUGAAGGACAGAUCCUGCAUGUUUCAGUAAAGCCUCUGGACUUUUACUCAAGUCUGGGCUGGACUCUGGGCACUGCUGUGGACAAAACCAACCAGAACAACGCCAUUUUAACCAGUGAACUCUCAACUCCACUACAGCUCAUAGCACUAUAGGUAAACGUAACAGGAAAACUCCAGAUGGAUUUAAAGAUUUUUUUUAUUUUAUUUUGAAUGCUGUGGUGAUUUUUAUGCUUGGGGUUUAAAUAAUAAAUACAGCUCUUUUGAGUGUUUACAGGUGUAGAUAGGACUUCUGCAGGUGUGGAGUUUGAAAAUGCAGUGAAUAUAGCGCAUUUCUGUCAGUUAACUUCAGAUUCUGGGCUUUGAUAGUAAAAAACCUGCCCCUAGUGGAUGAUCAUCGACAUGACAGGAAAUGUAUCAUUUUAAUGGGACCCCUUCCGAUCUUGCGUUUUAAUUGCUAUCUACAAACAUACUCCACUUGAAUGCAUCGUGACCAUAGACUGUAUAUAUAAAUGGACAUAGCUGACCUCCUAGCUGGUGCAUUUCAGAUGGGAAGUGAUCACAGGCGCGCCUCCAGCUCCAUCGACUCCGGUCGCAAUUCAUUUUACAUUGAAAACUGUGGCCCCUCUUUCUUAACUGCUGCUGUCAGACUCGUCAUUUUGGUCUUAAAAUCUUUAUAUUAACCUGCUCUACAUGAUCCUGGGGAUUUACAAACAAAAUAGUGAAAUUAAGAUAUAAACAUUAAUAACAAACCAAUCGAGCGCCUUCAUUCCCGAAGUCGCUCCCACUAGCGUUAGGAAAAGGCUUGAUUAACAAUUUUGCUAAGCGCCCAGUCGCUGCUAAACCAGCUACCAGUUACCUUCAACAGCCUCGCUCCAGAUUGGCUCUUUGGUUGCUAUGAUACUCUGUUGGAAGUCCAAAUAUGGAACUCUGCUCCAAAUUGCCCCCUAUAACUGCUAGCCUCGUUGAGCUUCAUUGGAGUUGAACGCUGUGGGUGACGUCGCACUCACUUCGUCCACGUCUUUAUACAGUCUGUGGUUUUAUCACUGAUGUUGCACAGGGACAAUCACGUUUGGUUGUCAAAAACAUGUUUCGAACUACCAUAAACUUUUGUAUCAAUUUUUUAUUUUUUCAUCGUGUAAUCCCUGGAAAAGAACUGCAAUAUUUUUCCUAUUUGUGUAGAAAACCACAGCCUCGCGUUUGGCAUCCCUUUAACUAAAAAGGUAGAUUCAACAGUAAGACUUAAAAUUGUUAUGAUUUAGAAGAUUUUCCAGUUGUAUUUUAGUAGCAGAUUGUGGUGCCAUACUGUUGAGUGUACCUUUUUAUGGAAUUUGUCUCGUGAAUAUUUUCUUUUUUUCACCAAAUAUUCCAGUUUAUUUAUUCAAUGUUUAUAAUUUUUUCUUCUGUUCGGAAAUAUCAAACAGCACUCCUCGUGGUCUUGUCUCAUUCACAUCUGUGCAUUUUUAGUCCAUUUGGAUAAUUCAUCACCAGUUUAAAUCGUCGUCAGGGAAACAGAAGUAAAUUUUUUAUGUUUUAGAUCCCAACAUGUCACAAACAAAAUGUGGACUACUUUUUAUUUCAGUCUGAAUAAAAAUCUCCCACUGUUAAUAAACGUUGUGUUGCUUACAUAUAUACGGUACAUGUAUUAUAGACCUGCAAUUAACAAAUUAUUAAAGGGCCCAUAUUAAACCAUUUUCUAUUCAGGUCUGUUUGUGAUAAGGAAACAUUAUGACACAGGAGUUGUGUUGUUUCAUUCACACAUGUUUAACACACAAACCCUGCAGAUUUAGGCUGAGUUCUUUGAGUUCUUCUCUGAAACUGAAAACACUGUUCCACCUUGUGAUGUCAUCAUGUGGUAAUACAGGAAGUGCUCCACUGUGUUAAAAAAAACUCCAUGCCUUCAUUAGAAUCAUCUGGAUAAUUUCAGCCCUGGAACUGCCAAUCUCUACAGAACUAAAGGUAAUUACAUCACAAGGUGGAACAGAGCAUUUUGAGCUUUGGAGAUGUUACAGACUAAUAAUAAAGUGUUACUCAAACAGGUGUGAAUGAAACAAAACACAACUCCAGGUUUUUUUGAGGAGGCAACAGUAUUCUAACAUGGCUUAAAGCUCACAGAAGUCCAUUUUGUGUGCUGUGGGACCUUUAUUUGGCUAAACAAUUAAUUUAGCUAAUAUUCUUGUGAUUUUUUUUCAAUUAGUUGUUUGACUGUGAAAGGUCAAAAAAAAUUUUGAUUGAAUUCAAAGCGGCUGAAGUGAUGCAACUUGCGUAACUUCAUAUUUAAGUUGUUCUGUUUAGACUCAUGUAAUUUCAGAGCAAGCUUAAAUAAGUUGUUCAAUUUCUAAAGAGAAUUAUUCCAGUUAUAUGUAGGCAGAAUAUUCUUUUUUUUUAAUAAUUAAUGGUCACAUUUUACAUCAAGGAACCACUCACCCAUUCACACACACAUACAUUGGUGUACAGACACGAGAGGGUUGUGCAUCUUGCCCAAGGCACAGCAGCAUUCAUCCUUGAGUUUUGUUUUUUUUUUGCUCCGGUAUCUGUACUUUGCUUCGUUUACCACUGGACAGCACUGUGUUAAGCGAAUGAAACAAACACUGAAACA